AUGGCGCCUCUCAUCCUACACAAUGUCCCCGACGAGGAGCAGUACAUAGGCGAGGAUGGCGUCCAGAGACCAUAUGCAAUGAUAUGGCCACAACAAGACGGGAACCCCACGAACGUUCGAGCACGACGAGGAGUCCCCGAAACAGGAGCCUUUGGCAAGUCGACGCGACGCUCCAGAUCAAAAACAGCCACCCCAGCCAGGCGCGAGGACCCCACGAUACAAUCAGCCGGCAAGGUCUUCGCUGCCUUCUUCGAGCAGCAGUCCUCACAGGGCGGGGACGCGGCAGAAGAGCCCUCCUCAGCAACCCCACGACAACGAAGAGCCUCCACCGUCCAGCCCCUCCUACCACCAUCCACCUCGACCAAAGACCUAGCAGACGACUCCGCAGCCGCCGCCACACCCGCUACAGCCCGGAACAUCCCCAACGUGCCCACCGAGGUCAUCCUCCGCGGCUACAAGACCGCCGACCAGCAGUACGCGGCCGUCAACCACUACGAGCAGCUCGCGGGGCGCAUCUGCGAGGACUACCCCCGAGACCCGCCCUUCGAGAUCCGGCGGUACAAAUCGGAGCUGCGCGACCCGGCCUACUCGCGGCGGCGCGCCCUGACCCCGGAGGAGCGCGCAAAGGUGAACCGGGCCGACGGCGGCUCGCACUGGGUCAAGGUGACGUUCGAGUCGAGCCAGGCGGCCGAGGCGGCCCUGUUCUCGAGCCCCCAGGCCAUCCUGGGCCACCUGGUCUACGCAGAGCCCUACCGCGGCCUGCCGCCCCUGCGCGACGAGCCCGUCCCCGACGCCACCACCGCGGCCCUGGGCGACGAGGUGCCCGCGCCCUGGAGACGCGCCGGCCACGGCGGCAACAGGACCGCCGGCGAGCUGCGGCCCACGUUCCCCGGCGGCGGGCUUCCGUCCGAGGUCGUCGCCGGCGACGGCGCCAUGGACGUGGACAUGUCGCCGCCCCAGUCCCAGGCGAGCAGCCGCACCGUCGAGAGCGGCACCAUCAACGGCUCCUCGUCGACCUCCAACACGGUGACGGGGCCCACGGCGGACCAGCUCCAAUUACCAGGAACAGCAGCAGCAAACCCCGAGAACAGCGUGUAUUGUAGGAGGAUACCCACUGCGCGGAGGGUCGUGCUCCUGCCGGCCGAGCAGGCGCUGCUGCCGCAGCAGUCGUACGCCCAGCGCCUGCUGGGCCGCAUCCCCUUCAUCAAGUGGUUCAGCGGGUCCAUGAUCGGGAACGAGGUGCCGCGCACGCAGGAGGGCGAGUUCGACUGGGUCAACGCGUCGCUCUACUGGAAGCUCAUCUGUUGGCUGGACCUGAUGUUCCGCCUCUUCGGCGGGGAGAUUGUCAGCCCCGACAAGGAUGACUGA